UCCAACGAAAAUCAUCUCAGUCGUGGUUCGAGAGCGAAAAAGUAAUCGCUUAGUUCGAUAUUUUUCCUACUACAUUAUUAUUAUUUUCUAACACGUGUUUUUCACGCCGGCUCUUGUUUCUUUUCUUUCUUUUUUUUCUACACCGAUUAUCAUUAACUUUCUCUUUUCUUUUCUUUCUUUGAUUUACGCGUGUUCAUCGUUUCAUCUGCUUCGUUGGGAAAAAAGAUAUUAAAAAAAAAAGAAAGAAAAAUUAAAAACAAAGUUGAUAGCUUUUUUACAUAUCGAAAAUGUAAUUCUGCGCGUUUGCACAGUUUAUGAAAGGAAGUAUCGAAGGAUCUUAAUACUUUUGAAUUUUUUUUUUUAUUUUGAAAUAUCAUCGAACAAUUGAUUGUACUUAUUCUUAACGAGACAGAUGUUAAUUUGUCAUUUUUAAUCGAUGGACGAGCAAAAUGUGAAAUAUUUUUCUAUAAAAGGUGCAUCUCAUCAAAAGUUUGAUUGAGUUUUCGCGCCACCGUCACAUCUUACAGUGUGAAAUGUGUUUUAUUCGACGAUUAAGAAGUUACUACUUUCCAAUAUUAUUGCCGUUGUCGUUCCAAAUCAACGGAGAGGAACAUCUUUGAUCAGACCCAACAAACAGUUUUAAGUCUCGGCAAGUUUGGCCGGAACGAUGAUGAUUCAACCAAAGAUCUGGUGGAAGCUUAUUUAUUCCGAAGAUAAGAAAGGUAUUCUUGCUGGAUUGGCUGCACACUCGGGACAGAUAUCAGUGGGAUUAUCUCAAGGUUUUAGUGCGAUUCUCAUACCGAAGUUGUUAGAAUCAGGGUUUGCCGAUAAAUCAGAAACUUCUUGGAUCGCGUCUCUUGGAGCUGUUUCGAAUCCUAUUGGAGCUUUAGUCGCAGGUUUAUGCUCUGAAUGUUUCGGAAGAAGAUCAGCGAUAGCUUUAGCAACUUUACCACAUGCAACAGGAUGGCUUCUGAUCGCAUUCGCCAAAAAUGUACCAAUGUUGUACGUCGGAAGGUUUGUCAGUGGCAUCGGUACAGGAAUGGCAAAUGCUCUAUAUUUAUACGUCAGCGAAACUGCUGCUCAACAUCAAAGAGCAUGGUUAGCAAAUUGUGGACCAAUCUUGACCUCGUUGGGAGUGUUAAUUGUGUACACGUUAGGUGCUUUAACAACAUGGCAAAAGUCUGCUGCGAUCAGUAUAGGCCCAGCAAUUCUAUCUUUAGCAUUAACAAGGAUGCUUCGCGAAACACCAGCCUGGCUUAUAUCCAGAGGACGAAUGGAAGAAGCAAAAGAAUCCUUACUGUGGCUUCGGGGUCCUAGUUUAACGACGGACACCGAGUUUCAAGAACUUUGUAAUGCAAAUGUAAAAAGGGGGGAAAAAAAAGAAAAUCUUUUUAAAGCUCUCUACAAGCCAAAUGUUUGGAAACCAUUCGUUAUACUUUUCCUUUUCUUCGCUCUUCAACAACUUUCAGGAAUUUAUAUAAUGUUGUUUUACGCUGUUAGUGUCUUAGAAGAUAUUGGUGUGAGCGUGAACGAAUAUGCCGCGAGUGUUGGUAUCGGUAUGAUCAGACUAUUUGCUUCGAUAAUUGGCGCGGUUUUGGCAAUUAACGUUGGUAGAAGAGCAUUAGCUUUUAGCAGUGGUUUUGGUAUGGCUUUAUCAGCUAUUGGUAUUGCUCUAGCCUACAGGUUCCAUUUGCCUUCGUGGGUUUCUUUAAUCUGUAUGGGAAGUCAUGUUGCAUUAUCCAUGAUUGGUUUCCUCACGUUACCUUGGGUUAUGACCUCAGAAUUAUAUCCGCUUAGGUUCCGAGGAACGUUGGGAGGUAUCACUACGAGUAUAGCGCAAAUCUUGACUUUUUUUGCAAUUAAGUUGUAUCCUGAGGUUAGUAUAAUGGCUGGCAUAGAAAACACGAUGUGGUUGUUUGCCACAGUAGGUUUAUUGGGAGCACUAUUUUCCGUAACCCUCUUACCUGAGACUCGAGGUCAAAGUUUGGACGACAUCGAGAACAAGUUUACAAAAAAUUCAAAGGUUGGUCCGAAGAUAAAUGGUUCCAAAGCACUUUCGAGCAUUUUUAUUCACACUCAACCUAAGAACAUUACUCUUCAGAAAUUUACUUCGAUCUCUGAAGAAAAGGAUUUUAAUACAACUGAGAAUCGUUACACUUUCGAUAACUUUUGUUUUGACAUGAGUUUUGAUAAGGUUAGUAGGGAAUCUAAGGAUGAUGAAAAACAGAACAAAGAUCAUUCCGUAACGAAUACCAUUGUGCUGGAUCACAUGUAUAUUUAAAUCAUCAUUAAUUAAACCAAUUUAAUAAACAAAGAAGCUUGGAAAAGCUCAUUUAAAGGGAAUAUUACUGCC